AGUGUUGGCCUCUGUUAGGAAGACAGAGUGUCCAGCUGGCACCAAAAGGAGGGAGCAGGAGGGAGGAGAGGUUGGCACGUGGGUGACACAAUGAGUCAGUCCAAGGUGAAGGAAGGACAAAAGGAAGAAACACUACAAGGUGUAAAUCAGACGUAAAACAGUUCAAAAGAGAUGAGUUCUGGGUGUGGGUUUCAAAAGGGAGCCUAGGGAAGAGGCACACAAAGCUAGUUCAAGGGCUACAUCAGGGUGAGUAGAGGAGAAACUGGUGAAUGGGCAGAGGGUAAAGACCAAAGAAGCUGCAGUGCAGGAGCUGAACCCGCAUACCUGAAUAGUGGUAAUCUAUUUAAAUUACGCCUUGCUUCUUUUUCUGGUUACUGAAGAUGUGUAACAUAAAUAAUUACAGUAAUCAAAACUUGCAGGAUAUUGACUCCUUUCAAGAUGAAGAAAAAAAAGGAAGGGAAAAAAAAAAAGUCUAAUCCUGAAGACCCGUGUUCACAGAAGGAUUUCCAUGCAACCAUUCCCUUACAGAAAGAAAACAUAAAAGGUUUUCAAGACCUUACCAAAAAAAACCAUAAAAAGGACUUAGGAUCUUGCCACAUGCAUCCAUUGAAAUUGGAUCGGGUGGGUUCAGAAAACGCAAGCAUGACAAUUUUCCACAUGGUCAAAGAAGAGAGGAGAAAGAGAAUGUUAAUCCAUCUUCAGCUUUGAUGACGUCUUUUAAAUCAUUCCAGCUGGAGCUUGACACCAGGCAUGAUAAAUAUGAACGGCUCGUGAAGCUCAGUCGUGAUAUAACUAUCGAAAGCAAGAGAACGAUAUUUCUGCUCCACAGGUUUACCAGUGCUCCCAAUGGGGAAGAAAUACUAAAUGAGUCUGAAGUCAAGCUAGAUGCUGUCCGACAGAAGAUCAAGCAGGUUGCACAAGAACUGAUUGGAGAAGACAUGUAUCAGUUCCAUAGAGCUAUAUCUCCAGGACUUCAAGAAUAUGUUGAGGCAGUCUCCUUUCAGUAUUUUAUCAAGACACGAUCUUUGAUUAGUGUUGAAGAGAUCAACAAACAACUAAUAUUUACAGCAGAAGACAGAGAAGAAACAACAAACACGACCUCCAAUUCCCAUGACAAACAACAACAUACCUGGAGCCUGAAGGUAACACCUGUCGAUUACCUUCUGGGAGUGGCUGAUCUGACUGGAGAGCUGAUGCGUCUGUGCAUCAGCAGCGUUGGGAACGGUGACAUAGACACACCUUUUGAACUGAGCCAGUUCUUGCGUCAGAUCUAUGAUGGUUUUACUUACAUUGGCAACACCGGGCCUUACGAAGUAUCUAAGAAGCUGUAUACCUUGAAACAGAGUCUGGCAAAAGUAGAGAAUGCCUGCUACACAUUAAAAGUACGGGGAUCUGAAAUCCCGAAGCACAUGCUGGCUGAUGUGUUCUCCAGCAAAACGGAACUGAUUGACCAAGAUGAGGGUCUUCCUUAAAAUAAGGACAACUCAGAAGGGAAAAGGACUUAGAAAAUGCUUUUUAGUUAUGGUUUGUGGGGUUUUGACCCUUCUCAAAGCUUUUUAGGUGGAGACAUUUUUAGUUUAAUCUAUAAGAAGUCUGUCUGCGGUGGUAAUUUGUAACCAAAAAUAUUUUUUAUGAUGUGCAAGAGAACAAAUGUUUGACUUUGGCCUCUUGGUAGGGAAUUUCCUGUAUUGCUCCAUUGUAUCUUCUUUCAGAAUGACCAAAAUUUCCACUGCACUUUACUCCAGUGACUGUCAGUUGUGUGAGUCACCUCAAACUGUUGUUGCUGUUGUUAUUACAAGUUUUCAGCAAGUACAGCAGUGGAAAAAAAUGGUUAUGUACUCUUAUUUAGCAUUAUCCAUAGGUUUCUGCUGACCCAUUUUCUGAGUAUUUGUGUUUUUUAGCUAUGUCAUACCUAGAACAAUGCACCUGUGUGUAAGUUCAUCCCUUGACUUGAAACUCAGGUGGUCUCAACAGUGCCACGUAACUUAAGUUUUCUCUGAUUAGUGCUUUAAAGUAUGAAACAGAGGCUAAGUCAACUUCUUGCCAAUUGAUAGUGAAGCUAAUUGCACCAGAUAAAUACUGCUAUGCACUGGUUAUUUUGGGGCUCUGUUUCAACUGAGCUCUGUUCGAGUUAACACUGGUACUUCACAGUUUCGACAUGAGCUAGAAGAUCCACACAAAAAACAAAUUGUGGAAUGUAUUGUUUUACUUUUUUUGAAGUACAGUUUAAUGCGGAAUCUGACAUAUUUCUGUUUGUAAACAAAAGAAGUUUUCAUCCAGAUUAUGUAAUUUGGUGUUAGGACAAGCUGGUUUUGGCCAGAACGAAUGCGAUGCAGCGUUGGAAGUCUGUUCUCCAUUGUGCUGCCCUGAGGACCUCCAGUGGGGUUGAACUGGCGUAAGUGAAAGCCAAGCUUUAAAUAUAUGUUAGCAGGAACUAUAUCAUGUGCGUGUUCCUAUGGAAAGGAAAUUGCAAACAGAAGUACGGCAGACAUUCUGGCUUCCACAUUUAUCUUUGAGGUGGGUAUGUCACUGUUGGCAAAAAAUCAGGGCUUUAUGCUGCUGUCUGAAGUUAUGAAAGUCUGAUAAUGUACAUUAUGCUAAAGGAAAACAGAUAAAACAACAUGAUCUUUAGACUCCAGGAAAUAGGCCUCCCAACUGCAAUUGAAAAUACUGCAUGCUUUUUAUUUCCACUUCCAUAUGCUGUGAUACUGCCAAUAUUUUUUCCCAUGAGCAUGUCCUGAAUAGCUGGAAUCAUCUGAUAUAUGGUUAGGAAUGGGUAAAUACAUUUCUGUCACAUUUUUCCAUUGUUUCCACGUAAAGCAAUAUGUGAUGGGUUGAACAAGGAGUGGCUUUUUUCCUAUUGCUUAAUACUAUUUUUUACAAUAAAUUCUGAAAAGUAGUUACUGCCUCUGUGUUAGUCCAUUUGCCUGUCUGUCCAAGUGGUAAAUUGUGAGUUUCCUCACAAUUUAAGAAGUGUGAGUUUCCUGCUGUGCAGGACUUGACUUGGAAGUCUCACUCCACUUCUAUAUUCAUACUUCAGUGGGUACUUUCUAAUCCUGAAUCUCUUUAUUCUUUUUCCCUUAACUUUAUUCUGUGAAGUCUGAAACCUAGUUAGGAUAAAAACUUCAUGUGAUCCUCUUGAAUUAAAAAAAAUCAAAGCAAAGGAUUCAGAUGACAAAAAAUGUAUAUCCCUGGAACAAAUCUGCAGCAGUACCCACAUUUUUACAUUUGGCCUUGGGUUUUUCUCAGGUUUUUUUUCCCCUUCUGAUGAAAGGAAAGAAAAGAGAAGGAUACUUGCUAAUAGGAAUAGGAAUAGUUUUGGGUUGUCCCCUCCCCUGAAAUGUAUACAUCUAGUUCAGUUGGUGCAGCUAGGAAUAUAGUUCUGUGCCUUUGGCACAGCUAAAUUUAUUGUAAGUAAUUGCUUGUUGAGUGUAAGUGUGUGAAGCAAAACCAGAUAUUAUUAGAGGUAUCAUGGGAUAUUAAACAGAGGUCUGUCUCUUGUCUGUCCUAGCAGCUAUCAGGUGGAAUUAAAAUAUGUUCAUGGCACAGUUUGAAAAAGGAUGAGAUGAAUUCCAACACAUAGCAGUACUUGGCUUAGUGACAUUCUGCCUCUAGCCAUGGAACGAGCACACAGUGGCCACCGCUUUAGUCAGCUCCUGCUUUUGUACAGUCAUUCAUUAUUCUAAAACUACAGAUGCCUAAAAAGAGUACAUUUUUUUCCCUAGCAAUCCUUAAAAGUAGAUGCUCUUUCAAAAAAUACAUACUGGUUCUAAUGAUUUUGAGAUUUAAAUUUUCAGUAGGGUAAGAGGAAUCUAAUUAAUGACAGAAAUAAUUUCUAAACUUCAGGCUGCCUGCCCAUAAUCAAAAGCUGUGAAUAAUUUCUAAUAGGGAGCAAAGUGUAUCUGCAGUGUAUUAAAACACCAGCACAGAUGGGAAGUAGCUAAUGGCCUGCAAACCUCCUUCUCAAGGAAAUAUUUUCCCCCCAAAACAAUUGCACUGUAGCUAUUUGAAAAGUGACAGACAUUUAUCAGCAAAACAAGCUGCUAAACAAGCAAUGGCAGUUUUCCCAUUUCUUAUCCCAUUACUCUAUGGAGCUAUUGAUACGUUUGGUCUACAGCCAGAACAGGACUACGUCAUAGCAGAUGUUUCACGAGGGCAGCUCUGCGUGCUAAAAAUCAUCUGCCUUUCUGGAAUCUCCUUUCUCAGAAAUGAUUUUUCUUUAUGGGUUCACUUUUUUUUUCCUGACUGUUGAGUUGCAGAGGAAAAUAAACCCACCCGCAUUUAGCUUUCCAGAGCUGCCAGAGAAGUUAUGCAAGAGAAAUUUCCUGUUGACAAGACAUGUAUGUCUGCCUACUUAAAGUCCUGCUUACUUGGAUUUUCAGUGAGUUUACUGGAAAUCAAAAUUAAAAACAAAAAAAAAAGAAAAAGUAUCUUUUAUAAUAUUUAGCAUAUUGGGUGCCUUAUGGAAUCCAGACCAGAUUCUGGCACAGUCCUCAAAGAGUUUGCAGUUUAGGAGUAGGGAAGAAGGUAGCCCAGAGAAAGAAAAGGAAGAUGGUAGAAGGUGGGGAAGAUAAAGUCACAGGAUUUUUACAAGAAGAUGAGAAGAUGAUGUGUAGUAGUAGGUUGGUUUACCACUUCCCAUUGUGGAAAUCAAACUUGUCAAAACUUCAGAAAGUCUGAAGUGCGACAGUAAAGGGUUAGUUGGGAAGGGCGAAGGCCAGUGGAGAGGCAAAAUGGAAGGAAGUGAGGUAGAGACAAAAGGGGGAAGAGUGGCAAGGAGUGGGACAGCAUGGAGGAAGAGCAGGCUGAACCACAGGACAGCGAGUGCACAUGCAAUUAGGGUGGGACUGGGGAGGACGUGGGACAGGAAGACAGCCCUACAAGAAGUUGGAACAACGCUUUGAAACCAGGUGACUCAGCUAUAAAAGAGACUUGGAGUUUGACCGUAGGAACUGAAUUUAAAAUUACCACAAGGUCCCCAAAGCAUUGAUCUAGCCUUGGGCGAUAAAUAAGGGGAACUUGAUUUCCUGAGCAGCUGAGAACCUGCAGGUCCCAGACUGAGCAGGUUUUGCAGGCUUCCAGUCAUGCUGUCACAAAUCAACAACAAGCUCUCAGUUCCCAUACGACCCAACUUCCCAUCCACAUUCCCUUCCCUCCCAUAUUGGUAGCCACAAACCUUCCUGUGUGAAUUACUAUCACCUGCAGUUGUUAGAAACAUGGUUAGAUACAGUUUUUAACAUAAAGGAAUGCUUACGGUGACCACAGUUUUCCCCUUGUGUGCUGUUUACGGGUCCAUUUCGCUGUCACUGCUGCUUCAACCCCCUCUCUGCUUCUUCCCUUUCUUUACUUAUCCUUUCUUAGGCUGUACCAUUCUUUUGAGCCAUUGCCCAUGUCCAUCCCAUAGUUCAGUCCUUUCAGUGUUUAGCUGGAAUCCUGGGGUAAAACGUUUCCGUGCAGGAAGAGGAAUCAGUCGGUUUCUUAGGUAGGUUUGUCUACUUGCACCUUCAAAUUUGGAAAUAGUGCUCUGGCUCUGAGGGGAGAGGUCUGGUAUUCCUGCAUUUGGAUAAGGCCUGGUGCGUAUGUCCUAUGGAAGCCAUGGUGCCGUGUGUCAUGGAUGGGUGGGCAGACCUCAUGUUGCUUUUGCAGGUGAGCAAACAGUAGUUACUCUGAGGUUUGCAGUCAUCACAAGCCAAGGAAAAUUACCUACAAACACGAAAGAAGUUUCUUCUCCAGUUCUGAGGAAGGUUGUCUUUGAGGAGUAUGAUUUCCCACCAACUCUACCUCUUUUUACCUCACCCAUCAUCCCUUUGAAGGGCCUAUUUGCAGAAUGUAGAAGAAGAGACUUGCUGAUGACUUCUUCUGGAGCCAGUCGGUGCCUCCCUGAACACUGGCCAAGAGUGAUGUGAUGGUUCCUUUCUCAGCUCCUCCCACAGGCUGGACAGGCUGGCUCUGCUGUCCCUUUGGCCACCCGGGGGGGCUGAACACUGAGCCUCCACUAUUGGAUUUUGCAGACCAGUGGCAUGUGGCUUCAUCCUCUUUUUUUUUUUUCUUUUCCUUAGUGGUGUUUUCAUGUCAUGCAGAUGUUCAUUCCUCCCAAAGAAAGGCGCUGUUGUGUGUGCUCUGCUGCUCUACUGACACAACACAGGUCAGAUGACUUCUUGAGCUCAUCGUAAACUGUUUUUUGGCUACUGGUGCAGUGCAGGUUUUGUGGGACAUCAUCUAGGUUUUGAGCACUUCUCCUGCAGCCCUAAGCUUUCCUGCAGGCUUGCAACGUAGACCCUUUUAAUGUAGAAGGGUCUUACUAGUUCCAUUUAAUUCUUCCUCAAGGUCCUCUCCACGGAUGGCCCCAGCAACAGAAGCUGAAAAAACUGAUCUGGAAAUAGUGUCGAUUUUUGUUAAAAUGAACUUUUUCAUGCUUGGAGACAGGAACCAGAGGGGCAGGUGUGCUUGAAUAGUCCAUUCUGUGAGUUCGGAUGUCACAGGAACAUUGUUAAUUGCCAGGGGUCUCAUUUUAGGAGGGAGCAGGGCUUGCUUCUCUCCUUGCAGCAAGUACUGUUGGAAGGUAUGUUUUACUUUGCACCCCACACCUAGCGGGAAAGGUGACAGGCAGCACAUGCCAGGGCUGCAAGGGAAGAUGAGUAAGAUGUGUCAGGCCAUACAGCAGAUCAGUCAGAAGCCUGAAACUGGAUGCGGCCCUUUAACCUCCAGCCCAGCUCUCACUGCUGUGAGCCUCAGCUGCUGCUCCCCAGAGUCAGCCAAGGCCAGAAGCUGCACCACCAAAAUGCUGAGGUCACUCACACAUGCAGGUCUGUGACCUGCCACAUGUGUGCAUUUACACAUGCCCAGUGAGCAGGGGAUGGUGACAGAAACACAGACGCAGAACCUCCUGGUGGCCUUCAUAAAGUUCUGAUGCCGGCUAUUUUAUAUUUAUUAAUUAUUUUAUUUAUAUUUUAUGUAUCUUUGCUGGCAGGGCACAAAGAAGAGGGCAAGGUGUGGGCAGGACGUGUGCUGACACCUGUUUCCUUUGCCUCCUUCCCAAGCCUUUUUUCCAGCCUUUUCAGUUGAGCUCUGCCUGAGGUGGCACAUGGUUGAUGGGCUGCUGGAGAAAUGCUGCUUUACCGGAGCAAAGCGAUACUUAGCAAAUAACUUAGAUCCUUAUUUUUUAAUUUGAGCUAUCAACCUGCAACUACACCGAGGUUUCUGAAUUGCUUGGGCUCAUUUGAGACCCUUACCUCAAAAUAAAAAAACAUUAUCAACUCUUAAAUGGGGUAGGGCUUACCUGGGUCCUACUUUAAAAAUGUGCUGUAUGGGGAAAGGGAAGCCAUGGGCAUUUGUGGCAACAGGCCUAGGUGUGUGACUUAAUGGUAAUGCCUGUUGUAAAGAAUAUAAAAGGUUUUAACUCAACCUUAACAGGGCAUGUGCUCUUCUGGGACUGAUCAGGAAAUGCAGGGAAACUAUAAACUUUCAAUUUAUUUGAGAUAUGUGCUAUAACUUCUCUGGGCCUGCCUUCACACUGAAAGGGUGUUUGUUCAUUAUUAGAGAAUGUAUAAUAUUUCUGCCACCUAGUGUCCAGCUCUUGGAAUGCUCAAGCUUUUGGGUAUGAGUUACAAGUUAUUUGUUGUUUUCUCUUUAAGUUAUUCUAAACACACUUAGUGGUGUGGUAUAAACUUCACUUUUAGAUUUAGGUAGGCCUCUGAUAGUAAUAAUUUAUACUUGGCAUGUUCUACUACUGGAAAUCUGGGGAAUACCUGGGAAUAGCAUAUGUUUAUUUUAUAUCUCAUCAUAUUUGUAUAUGGUGUUUUGCAGACAAACAAAUAAAGAGCCAUGAGAAACUUUGA